UCUCUCAACUCAGUUGUUGAAUGCUUUUUGCACUGCGGUUGCACUUUGCUGGAGGGAUUCUGUGACUGUUUUCCACAUCGAGAAAUGAUUCAGAGAGAUGCCAGGUGAGGAAAUGCCGGCUGAGUAACUGCGAGCUGUGCACACUGAGGACCCGGGACGAGUGAAGUCGGAGGGGGAGCCGCUGAGAGGAACAGGUGGAGCGCUGGCAUCAUCAGCUUUAACGGUUCAGCGUGAUCACUUCAAAAAGUGCCCCCGGACGCUCGAAUGCAUUUAUCACUGGACACCAUGAGCAUGGUGGACGACAGCUGCCUCUCACCCGGCAACUUCCACGAGAUGGGCAAAGGUGGGGGCGUCGCCGUGGGGGGCCGCGUCCACAGCAUCGACGUCAUUCUGGGGUUCAGCAAAGACCAGGACCCCCUGCUCAGCCCCGACGGGCCCCCGCGACCCCACAAAGUGGACCUAGAUGGCCUGGCGGAGCCCGGGAGACAGCAGGAACCCGGGUCGCACCCGACCUACAGCGGCCACCUUUCCUCUCUGAGGAAUGGCAGCUCGGAGCAGCAGCAGUACCACGAUGGCGUCUUUUUCGCAAACAAGUGCGACGAGGAGCUCGGUGAACUGAGGAAGACUGUUGAGAGUGACGAAGGCAAGUCUCCGGAGCCAUGCAAGGACGAGCAGCCCAAGAAGAAGCACAGGCGCAACCGCACCACCUUCACCACCUACCAGCUGCACGAGCUGGAGCGUGCCUUCGAGAAGUCCCACUACCCGGACGUGUACAGCCGCGAGGAGCUCGCCAUGAAGGUCAACCUCCCCGAAGUCAGAGUCCAGGUCUGGUUCCAGAACCGCAGAGCUAAAUGGCGUCGGCAGGAAAAAAUGGAUGCCAGCACCAUGAAGCUACACGACUCGCCGAUGCUUUCCUUCAACCGCCCGCCGCAGGUUCAUACCAGCAUGGGGGCGAUGACCAAUUCCCUCCCCCUGGACCCGUGGCUCUCCUCCCCCCUGUCUAGUGCCACACCGGUCCACAGCAUCCCGGGCUUCAUGGGCCCGCCUCAGGGCCUCCAACCCAGCUACCCCGGCCACGGCUUCCUCAACUCCAGUCCUCACCCCCCUCACCCUCACGCUCAUCCUCAUCCUUCUAUGGGCCAGGGAAUGCAGAGUAUGGCCCCGCCUCCCUACCAGUGCACAGCCCCGUACAAUGAGAAGUAUCCUCUGGAGGACGUGGACCAGCGCAGCUCCAGUAUCGCUGCUCUGAGAAUGAAAGCCAAGGAGCAUCUCCAAUCCAUGGACAAGACCUGGCAUCCCAUGUGACUAAAUGAACUAUCAGUGCACGUGAAUGACAUUGGGAAAGGGAGGUGCGGAAGUAUGUGAGUGAUAUGUUGAAAAAUACGGCAGUGGCUCGUCUUAUACCCAUAGAGCAAAGGAAAUUAAUUUUGUACUGUGAAAACCGAGGAUUUUUGACGUCCUCCUUCUUGUUUUGUUCCUCAUCUCAAGGACAUGAAGCAUACAGGUGAACUCUAUAGUUUCAUUAAAUUGCUCAUUUUAAACCACCAAAUUCCAGAUAUAUCCGUUCUCCCUCGAAUAUGAAAGUGUUUAGCAAUGCCUUGGGUGCUUCAAAGGAAAAUGACUUAUUGCACUCUGGAAUGCAACGGAAAGUCUUUCCUGACCAGCCAUCUUUUUUAAAUGACGGACCAUUGUAUUUUUACACGCCACCAUUACCCAUAGAUAAGUGUGUUCUUCCAACCAUAUUCCUUAACGGCUUGUCCGGUGAUAACAGGCGGCGGGUUAGCAGGGGUCACAACACACUUUAAACAUAUAUGAAGGAAAUGGUAAAGUUGUUUUGAAUUGUCUAGAACGAAGAAGACAGCUAUCCAUCAACAGGACAUUUGUUUACCAUGAAAAUCCCCCAAAUUGGUAUUUAUGUCCUCAUCACAUGUAAACGAUCACAUUCUGGUUUUUUUUCUUUUCUAUUAUCCCAUUUUUUACCAAGUUUGUGUUUUUACUAAUUAAUUCAAUCGUCACAUUUUCAUGGGUCAGCUGGUCAGAGACCACUUUGUGGAGGAGAAUCCCGCCUCAGAUUGAUGUGAGAGCAGCUUUAGAAAUUAAAGCAGCGUCUGUGACUGACGUCACAUGCAAGUCUCCCUUUUUAUUUUGGUUCAUAAAGAAGAUGGGUUUAAGCUUCACCAAGUUUUUUUAAACUUGUGAAAGUUGAGAUAUAUAUUUAGAUUACCUGGUAUGACUGGCAAAAGGACCAAUGGGGACCAAUGGGGCCGACAAUCUUGUUCCUUAACGUACAGUGAGAGGACAAUCUCUGGAUCAUGCUGUCAAAUAGAUACUUGUUCGACGGGGAAAUUGCAUUAAAUUGCAUUAAAGUCAGAGAUGCGAUGGCACCUUUAGAGCGGACCACGGCUGAACAUAUACCAAAAAAUAGUUCUGCACAGUUUCGGAUCUGUGCAAAGAUUGCUUUAAAGAAGUAUGAAGGAGAGAAAUGAAGACAGACAGACAGACAGGAAUAAAUAAUAGAGAGCAGAGUAAGUCUCUUUUUGCUUGAGUGGCUGCUGGAGAAGAAGACCUGUUGGCAGCUCAGUGUUGGGUGGCUGCGGGUACG